GGAGAGGAGAGGGACAUUUGGGAGCGAGAUGGCGAGAGGGAUGGCGGCCACGUACCUACAUGGGAUCUUUCUCUUGGCUCUGUGGAAACCCUCGCUACAAGGAGGUGUUUAUAUACCUGCUGGUGGAGGAGCAGGAGGCGCUGGAGCCGGCAUAGAAGCCGGUGCAGGAACUGGAUAUGGCCCUGGAGGCACUGGGACUGGAUACCAGCCCGGUGGAGGCGCUGGGACUGGAUACCAGCCUGCUGGAGGUGCUGGGACUGGUCCGGGAAGCUAUGGACCGGUAGCAACUGGAGGGGGAUAUGGUGGUCAAGGACAAGGAGGAUUUGGCCCGGGAGUUGCUGCACAAGGAGGAGUCGGACCGGGAGGUGCCGGACAAGGAGGAUUUGGCCCGGGAGUUGCUGCACAAGGAGGAGUCGGACCAGGAGGUGCUGGACAAGGAAGAUUUGGCCCGGGAGGUGCUGCACAAGGAGGAGUCGGACCGGGAGGUGCCGGACAAGGAGGAUUUGGCCCAGGAGGUGCCGGACAAGGACCUGGUGGAGCUGGUGCUGGAGGCUAUGGACCUGGACCUGGAGGAGCUGGUCCAGGAGGCUACGGACCUGGAGCUGGAGGUGCUGGUCCUGGAGGAGCUGGUCCAGGAGGCUAUGGACCUGGAGGAGCUGGUCCUGGAGGAGCUGGUGCUGGAGGCUAUGGACCUGGACGAGCUGGUCCUGGGGGCUAUGGACAGGGUGGCCGAGGCACAGGCCUUGGGGCCGGGGGUUUGGGUGGAGGAGGGACUGGCAGAGGUCAGGGAGCUGGAACAGGAACAGGAUACGUACCCGGAGGUGGCUAUGGAGGCUACGGAGGCGGUCAAGGACCAGGUGCUGGUCAAUACCCAGGAGCUGGUGGAGCUGGUCCCAAACCUCCUAAAAUGGGUUAUGGUCCUGGUGGUGCUGGCGCUGGGCCUGGUGGUGCCGGAUUUGGACCUGGUGGUGCCGGAUUUGGGCCCGGGGGUGCAGGGGUUGGACCUGGUGGUGCCAGAUUUGGACCUGAUGGUGCCGGAUUUGGGCCCGGGGGUGCAGGGGUUGGACCUGGUGGUAACGGAUUUGGACCUGGUGGUAACGGAUUUGGGCCUGGUGGUGCCGGAUUUGGGCCUAAUGGUGCAGGGGCUAGAGCUGGUGGUGCAGGGGUUGGGCCUGGUGGUGCCGGUUUUGGGCCUGGUGGUGCAGGGGCUGGACCUGGUGGAGCCGGAUUUGGGCCUGGUGGUACUGGAUUUGGACCUGGUGGUGCCGGAGUUGGGCCUGGAGGUGCAGGAGGAGUUGGCCCUGGGGGAGCCGCUGUGCCAGGUGCAGUUCCAAUGCUGCCACAGAUGGGCACAGCUGGACAAGGAGCUGGAGGAAGGAGCGGGAAAAAAGCAUCAAAUCAAAUUCCAGGAGUUGGAGUGCCUGGACUCUAUCAAGGUGGAUAUGUUCCAGGCCAAGGUUUUGGAGGCCGCGGUAUUCUCCCUGGAGUGGCCACCGGAUCUGGAGUUGGGCCUCAGACUGGGGCCGGAGUCCUCGGUCAGGGGGGUGCUGGAGCAAGAGGAGCAGGAGGAGCAGGAGGAGCAGGAGGAGCAGGCAAUGGUCGUGGACAGCAGUUACCUGGAGUUUUUCGUGGUUACCCUCUCAUAAUGCCAAAGACAGGGUCGGGCAAAUCAAAGAAUCCGGCUAAAAACGCAGCUAAAAAUGGUGGCGCUGGAGCUGGAGGAGGUGCACUUGGUCAAGGAGGUGCUUUGGGGCUUGGGAAUGGAAGACUCCCAGGAGGAGCAGCGGGAGCCACACCUGGAUUUGGACCUGGAUUUGGAGGUCUUCAGGGUGGUGCUGGUACCGGUACUGCUGGAGGCCUUGGAAGAGGAGGACCAGGUGGAGGAGCCGGGGGUAAUUUUGGCAAUGGAGUAGUGAAUGGUGGGAUGGGUGGACGCUAUGGUCCUGGUCCUGGCGGUGCAGGCACUGGUGCGGCUGGAGGAAUCGGCACGGGAGCGGGACCUGGGUCAGGUCUUGGUUAUGGUCCCAGUGGUGCUGGCACUGGCCCUGGACAAGCAGGUGUCGGGCCAGGUAGAACCGGCUACGGUCCAGGUGGAACAGGAACUGGAUUAGGAGGAGCAGGAACAGGACCUGGAGGGUAUGAUGCCAAUGCCAAAGCUCAUAAAUACGGCAUGUUAAGUGGAGCACUUGGAGGUCUGGGAACAAAUACUGGAGCAGUCAGACCUGGUGGUGCUGGUACUGGUUAUGGACCAGGAAGAGUAGGACCAGGUGGUAAUGGCUAUGGACCAGGUGGUGCUGGCACAGGCUACAGACCAGGAGGAGUAGGACCAGGCAACGCUGGUACUGGCUACGGACCAGGAGGAGUUGCACCAGGUGGUGCUGGCACAGGCUACAGACCAGGAGGAGUUGCACCAGGUGGUGCUGGCACAGGCUAUGGACCAGGAGGAGUUGCACCAGGUGGUGCUGGCACAGGCUAUGGACCAGGUGGAGUUGCACCAGGUGGUGCUGGCACAGGCUAUGGACCAGGAGGAGUUGCACCAGGUGGUGCUGGCACAGGCUACGGACCAGGAGGAGUUGGACGUGGUGGUGCUGGCACAGGUUAUGGACCAGGAGGAGUUGCACCAGGUGGUGCUGGCACAGGCUACGGACCAGGAGGAGUUGCACCAGGUGGUGCUGGCACAGGCUAUGGACCAGGUGGAGUUGGACCAGGUGGUGCUGGCACAGGCUACGGACCAGGAGGAGUUGGACGUGGUGGUGCUGGCACAGGUUAUGGACCAGGUGGAGUUGGACCAGGCGGUGCUGGGACAGGCUAUGGACCAGGUGGAGUUGGACAAGGCGGCACUGGCUAUUUACCUGGAGGUCAGGCUGGUGCCAAGGCCCGCAAAUAUGGGAGUGCAGGAACAGGAAGAAUCGGAUAUGGACCUGGUGGAUAUGGGCCUGGAGCUGGAACUGUGCCUGGGACAGGUUAUGGACCAGGUGGAGGCUAUGGUGCAGGACCAGGGGCUGGAUAUGGAACAGGCUAUGGAGCUGGGUCACAACCUUCUAGAUACGGUCAAGUUGGAAAUGGUGUUGGUGGGGUACUUGGAGGUGGAGCAGGACGAGCUGGUGGUUAUGGACCAGGAAGCUUUGGAGCAGGUCCUGCAGGUCAAGGCUACGCUGGAUCCAAAGCUGCUAAGUACGGGCAACCAGCUGGAGUGGUACCUGGGGCAGGAGCAGGGCCGGCUCAAGCAGCACCUAUUACAGGGACAGUACCAGCAGCACCCAUUACAGGGACCGGACCAGCAGCACCUGUUACAGGGACUGGACCAGCAGCACCUGUUACAGGGACCGGACCAGCAGCACCUGUUACAGAGACUGGACCAGCAGCACCUGGUACAGGGACUGGCACUGCAGGACCUGACACUGUGACCGGCACUGGUGUGCCAGUAAAUGGCACAGACACAAGCAGUGGUGCAGGGCCAAUAGGUGGACUCAGUGGAACAGGACUUGGAGCCGCUGGAAGCACACCAGCCCCAGCACCAGAAGGUGAUGGUGGGGAUGGCAUUGGGAUAGAGGGGUCUGGAAGUUCUGGAGGAGAAGUAGGUACUGGUGUAGCUGGCAAAGCAGUGGGUGUAGGAGAUGAUGGAAAUGGCUUGGAUGGAACAGGACUCCCCAUCAUUGGACCAAAGCCAGGACUCAAUGGGACCCAAGUUCAAGCUUCUGCUGGUGAUCUUUUAAGUGGGAUACUACCAGGAGCCACACCUAUCAAACCUCCAGGAGUUCCCCGAGGGGACACGCCAGGUGAAGGAGAUGGAGAAGGAGGUCCUGAUGGCGAGACUGGUGGCAUAGGAGGCACAGGGGGGAGUCCUACCAGUGCAGGAGCAGCAGGAGGUGUUUCAGGGGGCGUCACAGGAGUGGCAAGAGGAGACAGUCCCGCUACUGGCACUGAAGUUGGAGCACAAGUUGCAGCUGGCGUAGUUGGAGGAACACCCAAACCGUCCACAGCAGGAGCUGGUGCACCUGUUGGAGCAGGUGGGGUGGCAGGAGCAGGUCCUGGCAUGGCACCUUUCGCUGGUGGGCAUGGUGGAGCAGGAACAGGAGCCCCGAAACCUCCAAAAAGCUAUGGGGCUGGUGGAUAUUUACCAGGUGGAGGCUUACGUUACCCGACUGGAGCCGGCGUAGGACACGGAGCAGGGAAAUCCGGCAAAUUAUACGGGUCUCUUGGAGCAGGAGGCCGGGGUGGGGUUGGCCCUGGUGGUUAUGGAGCUGGUCCUGGUGGUUAUGGAGCUGGUCCUGGUGGCUAUGGUGCUGGUCCAGGAGGUUACGGGGUUGGCCCAAGUGGCUACGGUGCCGGGCCUGGUCAAUAUGGAGUUGGAAAUGGAGGUUUAGGAGGAGGAGCCGGUGGUGGACAGGCCGGAUAUGGUGGUGGUGUAGCUCCUGGUGGUUCAAGAUAUGGCGCAGGUCCAGGCCUGGGCCCCGGCGCCGGUAAAGCCAAUAAACGUUAUGGGGCAGGUGCUGGUGGAACUGGUGGCUAUGGGACUGGACCAGCUGGAGUUGGUCCUGCUGGGGCUGGUGGUUAUGGGACUGGACCAACUGGAGUUGGUCCUGCUGGGGCUGGUGGCUAUGGGACUAGACCAGCUGGAGUUGGUCCUGCUGGGGCUGGUGGCUAUGGGACUGGACCAGCUGGAGUUGGUCCUGCUGGGGCUGGUGACUAUGGGACUAGACCAGCUGGAGUUGGUCCUGCUGGGGCUGGUGGUUAUGGGACUGGACCAGCUGGAGUUGGUCCUGCUGGGGCUGGUGGCUAUGGGACUAGACCAGCUGGAGUUGGUCCUGCUGGGGCUGGUGGUUAUGGACCUGCUGGCACUGGAUAUGGGCCCAACAAUGCCGGGACAGGACUGGGUGGUGCAGGGACCAGGCAAGCUGGUUAUGGACCAGGUGGAGUUGGCACAGGACCAGGCAGCCAUGUAGCUGGUGGAGCAGGGGUCAAUCCUGGUGUUUAUGGUGCUGCAGGUCAAGGACUGGGUGCAAGAAAACCGUCCAAAACAGGGGCUGGAGUUGUACCUGGUGGAACAGGUACUGGACCUGGCCGAUAUGGACCUGGGGGCGUUGGACCAGGCGGUGCUGGCACAGGAGGCUUCGGUCCAGGCGGUGCUGGCACAGGAGGCUUUGGACCAGGCGGUGCUGGGACAGGAGGCUUCGGUCCAGGCGGUGCUGGGACAGGAGGCUAUAGACCAGGCGGUGCUGGGACAGGAGGCUUUGGACCAGGCGGUGCUGGGACAGGAGGCUUUGGACCAGGCGGUGCUGGGACAGGAGGCUAUGGACCAGGCGGUGCUGGCACAGGAGGCUUCGGGCCAGGCGGUGCUGGGACAGGAGGCUUUGGACCAGGCGGUGCUGGGACAGGAGGCUUCGGGCCAGGCAGUGCUGGGACAGGAGGUGGUUUUGGACAAGCGGGCCAAGGAUUAGGAAACCGAAAAUCAGCUAAAUCUGGAGGCUUUGGACCAGGCGGUGCUGGGACAGGAGCGGGAGGCUUCGGUCCAGGCGGUGCUGGUACAGGAGGCUUCGGACCACGCGGUGCUGGCACAGGAGGCUUCGGUCCAGCCGGUGCUGGCACAGGAGGCUAUGGACCAGGCGGUGCUGGCACAGGAGGUGUUGGACCAGGCGGUGCUGGGACAGGAGGCUAUGGACCAGGCGGUGCUGGUACAAGAGCGGGAGGCUUUGGACCAGGCGGUGCUGGGACAGGAGGUGGUUUUGGACAAGGUGGCCAAGGAUUAGGAAACCGAAAACCAGCUCAAUCUGGAGGUUUCGGACAAGGCGGUGCUGUGACAGGAGCGGGUGGUUUUGGACCAGGUGGUGCUGGAACAGGAGGUUUCGGACCAGGCGGUGCUGGGACAGGAGCGGGUGGUUUUGGACCAGGUGGUGCUGGAACAGGAGGUUUCAGACCAGGCGGUGCUGGGACAGGAGCGGGUGGUUUUGGACCAGGUGGUGCUGGAACAGGAGGUUUCGGAUCAGGCGGUGCUGGGACAGGAGCGGGUGGUUUUGGACCAGGAGGUGCUGGGACAGGAGGUUUCGGGCCAGGUGGUGCUAGGACAGGAACUGGUUUUGGACCAGGGGGCCAAGGAUUUGGAAACCGAAAACUUUCUAAAUCUGGUUAUGAAGGAGCUAGACGUGGAUCAGGAGGAGGUGGAACAGGAAGUGUUCCUGGGGGAGCUGUUCCCGGUAGCUAUGGCCCAGGAGGGUAUGGUCCAACUGGAACUGGAACAGCGCCUUUUGGCUAUGGGCCUGGAGGUGCUGGAACUAGACCAGGAGGUGUUAGACCUGGUGGUGAUGGUGGCUAUGGACCUAGUGGCCAAGCUCUAGGAAGAGCAAAUCCUCCUCAAUCAGGUUACGGCCCGUCGUUGGGUGGAAAUGGCUAUGGACCAGGUGCUGGAGGAGGAGGGCUUCCUAGUGGAGGAACAGGAGGUGCCACUGGAGGCUCAGCAGGGGGUGCUGUCCCUGGUUACGGUGGAGGGGCUGGUGGAAACUAUCCAGGAUAUACGGGAGCCGGACAAAAAUCCCAGUCUCAGAUAGCUGCCAAAUAUGCAGCCAUGAGGGCGUUUCUGGGAGCUGAGGGCUACAGAGGCACUGGCUGUCAGGGUAAACACUGCGGCCGAAGGAGGAAGUGAGAGAUCAACACAAAGGAAGUGACCUCAUCGAAACAACAGUGGUGCUACUGCAUGAUCCCAGAUUGUAAAUGUCUUACCUGCCGUAGAAGUUAGGGCUUCAACACAUUCCACAAGUUACACCUUUCAUGUGCUUAUAUGUUAUACAAUGGAUGGCUCUCAACCAUCUUAGUGUUCGUGCAAUUCCUUUGUUGCAGGCUGCUGCUUCAGUCAUUUAAAACUUUGGUCAAAUAAUUACAAAUAUUUCCCAUUACACAAUAAAAAUCCUAGACAAGUCUAUCAGGGGAUGAAAUUGGAACCCCAUGAAGGACCUUGUGACUCUGGGGAUCCUACCGGGCAGUUUUUGUUUAUUGUUGUUAAACAUCAUUUGUGUUCUAUUGCAAAUAUCACCGUACAUCAUUUGUGUGAAGACUGAUACCAAGGACACCCUCAGGGCAGCUCCUUCAGACCUGUCUGCGUGCUGACACAAUGUUCAAAAAUGCAUAACCCUUCCCCAGCUACUCAUUUUUCUUUUAUCAAAUCCCUGUUUUUAGCUUUUACUUCAAAGUGCAAACACUUGAAUAAGUGAAGGUGGUGCUCUGAAAAGCAGUCGGUGCUGUGCUCAGGCCUCAGCAACAACAACACAUGUGGAGGCUGAAGGGCCUCAGCUGUUUACCCGUAUGAGAUUGUGCAUCGUUUUAUAGCUACACAACACGAAUCGGUAUUAAUGUCAACUUUUUGUGAAGACGAUACCUUUUUUUUAAUUCAAAGAUUUUAUGAUAAUAUCAUGUGGCUUUGACUAGGAUUUUAAAUUUGCUGUUAAGGGAAGAACUGAAACUAAAUGUUCGGAAUAUGAUUAGAAGCCAUUGAGGAGCGUUGAUGACUGUUUUUCUAUUUUUUAUGUACCUCCUUUAACACUGUUGGGAAAUGGUUCACGCUUGCUAGUCUUUUUAAAUUAUGCUGACAAAAAAGCAGAAAAAGCGUUGUGCUUAUCUAUUUAGUCAAGUGCAUAAAUACAUUAAAUAUUUUAGAUAUUUUGUAUGUGUUUGUUUUAACUAACAUAAGUGUUUUCUACAUUGUGCUAAAUCACAUUGUAAGCCGUGAUGCCAUUUGGAUAAAAAGUGUUAUUGACUCUGAUCUUGCAUUUGAGCUUCCAUCUGUCUCUAUUAUGUAACUCAGCAUGUGUUUUAACAUCUGUGUUCCUAUGAAGAAAAUUAUGCACUUUUGUACACUUUCAGACAAUGCUCUCUGAAAUAAAGAAAUGACCAAUGAA